GCAAAAUGGCGUUGGACGUUAUUUAUUGUUUAUGUGGACAAUCAACGGAUUUGUCCCGUUUUAUGAUACAAUGUGAUAUUUGUAAAGACUGGUUUCACGGAAGAUGUGUUGGAGUAAGAGAAUAUCAGGCAGUAGAUAUCGACAGGUUUCACUGUCCACGCUGUGAAGCUUACAACGGACCAUCUGUUUUAAAAGCACGUCUAAAUUGGCACCGCCACGACUACUCCGAGACUGAUGCUGCUUCCAAACCAGUCCAGACAGGCACGCAAGUUUUCAUUAAAGAACUCAAAACCAGACAUUUCCCCAGCUGUGAAGAUGUGGUUUGUCGACUCAGAGGACAACAGCUUACACUGCCAUAUAUUGUUGCAAAUGGAUUCACCAAACCCAUAUUGGUUGAAGAUAGAAAUGGACUUGAUCUCAUAGUACCCCACGACUCCUUCAAUGUCCUGGAUGUCGAGAAUUAUGUCGGGUCGGAACAUGAGGUGGAUGUCAUUGAUGUACAGAGACAAACGGACGUCAAGAUGCAGCUACACGAGUUUAUAGAAUAUUUUCUCAGUCCCGCCAGAACGACAGUCCUUAACCUCAUUAGUCUUGAGUUUUCUAAUACCAGCCUGAGUCAACUAGUGGAGCCGCCCUAUAUUGUCCGCAAAUUGUGUUGGGUGACGAGUUCGUGGCCGACGGAUCCUCCACCCGGCCCGCCUCUCGCCCGUCCUAAUGUUUCUAAAUAUGCCCUUAUAGGUGUAGAGAAUUCUUACACAGACUUUCACAUAGACUUUGGGGGGACGUCCGUGUGGUAUCAUGUACUCUGGGGAGAAAAAGUUUUUUACCUGAUUAAACCAACAGCAGCCAACCUUACCUUGUAUCAGAGAUGGAUGAAGGCGAACAACCAGUCAGAGAUGUUUUUUGGUGACCAGGUUGACACGUGUUACCGGUGUGUGGUGCGGGCCGGAGAAACACUGUUCAUCCCCACUGGUUGGAUCCAUGCAGUCCUCACGCCUACAGAUACUCUUGUGUUCGGUGGAAACUUUCUUCAUUCUCAUAACAUUGAACUCGAGCUUCAGAUUUAUGAGAUUGAGAAACAGAUCAACGCUCCGGAAAAGUUCAGAUUUCCCCACUACGAGAGCGUGUGUUGGUACGCCGCCACCAGAUUAGUUAUGGAACUGCGGGAUAUGGGGGCAGCUGGCACAAGAGUCCCGCCAAUCAUGAUCGCCGGUGCACGUUCCCUGUCAGCGGCUCUCAGACAAUGGGGAGGAGAGAAUGGCAGAGGUGGGCUUGAACCAGUACCUCCAGGAAUCCAUCCAUUAAAAUUGUUUAAAGAUCUACAGAGAGAAAUUCGGUGCGCUGAGAAACAAGUAAUUGCUCUAAAUCCACCCAAACCAGAACGCGAGUCCAAACGAAGAAAGAAGAAAGUUUUAGCGGACGACUUCAUUGACUACACCAAUCUAACCAGCUUCAAUAAUGUACUGGAGGAGAGGUUGCCUGAUAGAAAGGUCAAAGUUCUCAAGGUCAACUCGCCUCAAGUGGAAAUUGGGAGUUCAGACAUUACAACUAUAACAGAUGACCAACAGCGAACACUCAAACUGACUCUCCCCAAAACUGCGACCUAUCCAUAUGGCCUGGGCUUCACAUCCUCAGAUUAUGGGAUGAGUGGUACUCCACCUCAUGACCCGGAGUAUCCUCAGUUCAAGAACGAGUAUCCCAGCAAUGUUAAAACUGAAUAUGAUUGGUCAGACAGUCCAGGAAUAACCCCCUACAAGUUAGUAGAUCCUGCUGGUGUACGGUUGAAAUUUGGACGCACAGGCAGCACUGACUCUGACAUGUCCACAACACCAACAACUGUGACCACAGUCAGAGUUAAACUCGAGAGUGACACUACGGAAAUAAAACAACACAAUGAGUCAGUGUACGACUUCCACGAGGACGGUGACAGCGAUGAGCGGGAACCUUCUGGCCUUAUGAUAGAUGAAACGCCUCGUCGUAAAGGUGUUCGUCUUCAACCUCAAGAACCUCUGAAGAUAAAGCUCAGUUUGACAGGAGCAGAAGUAGUGUGUGGUGAGACAGUCGAUGUGGCAGAGGAAGUGGAAGUAGCACCGUCACACAACACGGCCCACAACGGUAUUGAUGAACUCCUCAGAGCGUCAGCUUAUGCCCCAGACUUUAAUGAAGAUUCUCCUGCACGUAUAGAUGAAUUGGACAGUGAAAGUGGGCGGGCGUCACCGUCCACUAGAGAAGCCAUCGCAGGGAUGCUGAGUAUGAGCCGUGUUGUUCCCAGUGGACGCACUCCCUCCAGAAAACUAAGUUCAGCUAACUCCCGCCAACCAAAAGCCAGACGGCGGUACGACGAUGAUGAACACAUGAGCAAAGUUCAUCAGGAUGAAGAUUAUGUGUAUCCAACCCUUGACAUAUCUGAUGAUGAGGACUUUCCUGUCUUCAAACCUCGGGGUAAGAAGAAAGAAGAUGAGGCUUGGAACCCCAAAGCCCGCGUAAGAGUUCAGGGACCACGGCCAGAACGACCCAUGAGGCAGGGGGUCCGGAGACAAGCGGUAGAGAAGGGACUAGAACAGGCAGCAGCAAGACGACAAAACUUACCAGCAGCCAAGAGAGCGUACCACCGGAAAAAGCAGCGGAGCUUAGACUCUCAACCAAGUACCUCCUCAGGGGGUGCUGGCCUCAAGGGAAUUAGUAAAAUUUCAAACAAGCCAAGAAAGGGGAUGGCAACAGCUAAGCAACGAUUAGGUAAAAUCCUCAAGAUUCAUAAAAUGCUUCACUAGUUGGUUUGUCAGGUACCACAACAGCUAGUCUGGUGAAACACAGCAGCCCAAGGCAAGGUUGUUUGCUUUUCUGGCUGUCUUUAGUCUGUUAGUUGAGCAGCAGCGUUGUGCUUUUGGGACAAUAAUCAGGAUUCAUUAUUGUACAGUACAUGGUAUUUGUUGGAGUAACUUAUUCUGAUCUUGUUUCUUUUAAAAGUCCAAUUGUUUUGGUAUUGUACUUUGAUAAGAUUGUUUGUGCUAAUUCAUUUUCCAUGUCCAAAGAAAUAUAAGAUUUUUCAUUGUUAAAUGUACUUGCUUCUGCUUUCUGAGGGGAACUGUGUAUUGUGAGGAAAACAGAGAAGAGCAAGAUUUUAAAAUCACCAAAGAUAUAAGUUGCAAAGGUUUUCCACUGCUGAUUAAUUUGCUCUUUUAUAAUUAAAGCACAAAGUCUUUCAGUGUACUUUAGUGAGGGAGGAACACAGUGUUUUCUCUUGUUUUUGAAUGGGGUUUUUUGAAAACCUGAAGAGGAUUACUACAAAAUAGCAAAGUAGAAAAUCAAAAGAUUAGAAGAUACUGUAUAAUUGGAAAAAACAAUUUAAAAUGUUGUUAAUCAAAAGUCUUUCAUAGUAGUCAUGAUGCCUCAUGCUUGUGUGACGGGACACAAGAACCAAGCAUAGGUGGUGUUAAACAGAACUCCUUGAAAGAAAGAAAUGUUUGAAAAGUGUAAUUAUCAUCUUAAACAGAAAAAUUUGUUGAUGUGUCUGCCAUAUGUUAUUAAUAGUGUACAAUUGAAAGAACCAAAUUCUCAGUGUACUGUAUUCGGUAAUCAGGUUGUUUGCUGUAAUUGCGGGUAAUGUUGACCUAUCACAAUUAUUCCUGUUGAAAGGUAAAGUUAGGUAUUUGUAGUUUAUGCUGCUCUGUUGGGACUGUACAGGUGACAAUGUGAAGAUCUUUUUAUAGUGAACCUGAGGAAUUAUAAAUCCUUAAGAGAAAAUGUUCAUGCAUCACCUUGCUCUAACUGCUACUAUAAUUCAAACAUUGGAUGAUGAAAAAUACAUCUUUAAGUUGGUGGUGAUGUGUUUAAAAAAUGUAUAGUUCAUUGUGUGGGGGAGAGACAACACUGAAUAUUAAGCCUUGUCUCAAUUACUAUACUUUCACCAAUAUUCAUAUUGAAUAUCUGUCCUUCAUUUAUUAAAUUUUUUAUUGUAGAAAGGUAGUUCAUGUGAAAGUGGGUCCCAUAGGCUUGACUACCUGUUAAGGACACUGGAGGCGAGCAUUACUCCGUCUCUAACAGUAAGAAGUUGUUUUAAUCAGUAACUUGAGGAAAACUUAGAUUGGUGAUGAACAGUUUCCAACUACAUUUAUAGGCCAGCCCCAGUCCCCCUUCUUUAGUGUAUUUUCCAUGAUACAAA